CGAACACGAACAAUCCACUUUCGAACACAACCAGCACUCGUCUCGACUUUCGAACAAUUCUAUUCCGAAACGGUGUACAGAUCGAACAUAUGAAAACGAACAUACGGCCCUCGAACACACAUACUCGUUUCGAAUAAUUCUCGUCCGAAAGGAUCGAACAUACGAACACGAACGUACGGCAACGAACACAGUCCCUCGUUUCGAACACGCCUUGCUCGAAAGUCUCUGAAAAAUUUAACUCACGGUCCGUGUGACGUACGUCCACAAUCUUCCGACGCCAUGGCCGACCUGGAAUUAAUGAAUGCCCCGGAUUUGUUCCGGCUUCGAACCACUACAAAACGCCAGCACACGAACCUCGUUACGCGAGUGUACAGCAUGAUUAACAGACGGGCAUCGCAAGCUGUAUUCGCGGUGUUGUCAACGGAUCUUGAGGCUGCGCUAGAGCGUAUCACGGCGAUUAACGAGCGGUACGUCGUCGCGGGAGAACUGGAUGAUCAAGAAAGAGCGGCAGCAGAGGACUACAUCCAAAGCGUUGCUGCGGUAAAUAGACAAGCACGGCUUGCUAUUGGAGGGUAUUUACAACCCGGCGCUAACCCGCGCUUUGAAAGAUGGGUCGUUGAAGACUCGAAUGUUGAUCAAGCUCUGCAGCAGGAUCCCCCGACUGAAUCCAACGGAACAGAAGAAGAUCAGGAUAGCGGUCCAGAGCAUAAUGAAAUAAACCAACGACCUGUUCGCAGGACUCCGCCGGACGAUCCUCCCAUCAACCCAUUAAAUUUGGGCUCGGCGGGUGGCAUCAAUGACCAAGUCGAGCCUAACGAAGCCAAUCAAGCGAAACGGCGAAGAAUUGAACUUGAAUUCGAACUCGAAAGGAAAAAGGUCGAACGUUCCCGCAAGAUGGAUGAUCUUUUACGUCAAUGCGAGAGAGAAGAAGAAGAUAUUAAAAUGGCAAUCGAGCGCGAAAAGCUCUUGGCUGGUGCGCUCGAUGGAUCGAUUCAAGGAAACCCAUUCCUUUCCUCCACACCGAAGCGCAAUAUGGAUACCAUCGGAAACUUACGACCCGUAGAAACAACCGAAAGAUCGGCAACAUUCGCUCCGCCAAGUCGUUGGCCAAAGAUUAUUGUCGAAAAAUUCAACGGGGAUCCGCGAAAAUGGCAAAGAUUCGCGCACGGUAUUCAAGCCACCGUUCGCGACGCAAACAUCCCUGACUCCUACAAGCUUCUGGGCCUUCAAGACAACAUUACGGAAGAUAUUCGGAAAAGGAUGGGCCACAUCUUCAACGGAUCAUAUGCAUUUGAGUCGGCUUGGAAUGAAUUGGAAGUUAAAUAUGGAAAUCCAGGUCUUAUAAUGCAGGCGCAUAACCAGCACCUUCUCCAAGUCCAGCCUUUCAAAACCGGAGACUUUAAUUCGCUCUUCACUUUAGCGGCAGAUGUCCGUGAUGCCGUAUCAAGCGUUUCCGUUGAGCACUCCAAGGAAUUUACGUUUUCAACCGUCAUCUCCUCGCUCGCCUCAAAGCUUCCAAUUCAGCUUCAAAUCGACUGGGGAAAAUAUGCAUAUUCCCUUCGUCCGAAUCUACCAUCGCUACGAGAUUUCGACAAGUGGAUUGAUAUCGCUGUCGGAGCAGAAGAGUAUCGUGGAAUUCGACUUUCCGUGGCCGGAGAUGUCGUUAAUAAACCCGCCCAUAAUACUCACCCUCGGCAGCAAGGCGGCUAUGGUCAACCUGGUAGCAGUAAUUAUCGUGGACCUACUGUGUUGACGAACGGAAUUCAAGAAAAAGUAGCAGCUCCGCAGUGCCCUGCCUGCAGUGCCAAUCCUGGUCAUCGCCUCGAGUAUUGCAACGUUUUCAAGAAAAUGUUGGUCAACAAACGAGCAGCUCUCUGCGCCGACAACAAUUUUUGUUUCAAAUGCUUGACACAAGGCCACUACGGAAGAAAUUGCUCCCGCACUGACGUGAAGUGUAAGGACUGCGGAAAGGCCCACAACACUCUCUUACACGGAGCCGAUCGCCAAUUUCCGUCUGCAAAAACUCAAGAUGCGUAAUCGGCCGGGCGGGACUGUUGUGCAUCGGCACAGGUGAUGAAAGAAAUCGCGAUAUGGCAACGGUGGCGGGGGAGGAGAAGAAAACGAGCGGCCAGUCGAUCCAGAUAUUUCAACGAGGCCGGAACAUUCCGGCGAAUCGAGAGUUUUUUUUGUGCUUAAUUUUGAGUUUAAUCGAAUCGACUGUAAGGUGCGCGUGUUCCCUUGUACCGUGAUUCCGUGUCGAGAAUACAUAUUCUUCGCUGUC